AUGGGAGCGGUUUGCAUGAUCCUCCUGCUCCUGAUCGCCACCCGCAUCAACAGCACCACCACCACCACCACUGAAGUCGCUUUCAACGCCAACGGAAACAUCAGCGUCCGCCCAGCCUGCGGAUAUUCCCUGUUCAUCGAUGGCGUUGAUGUUGGGCAGACGUUGCUACACUUGCGAGACAACUCCGCACGCAUCGCAGGGCCCCUGCAACAAGACACCGCCGCCGCCAACUCGACUGCAAGUGCAAACGCCACACGGCAGUGCAGUCCAAGCGAGAGUGGCAACCGCAUUUACAUGGACGCGGCCGGUAACCUCAACAUCGUCAGCCCCAGGUCCGUUUACCUCUGGUCCGGCACGAACAACACCUUCUUUGGCGACCGCCCGCUGCUCGAGCAAGCGCAGCUCCUUGACACCGCGCUUCAGGCUGGUGGCGCUAAUGGGUCAGCCAUCGUCAGGCACGCUACCGUGUCCGCGCCUCCUGCAGCCCCCGGUCACGGCCCAGACACUUCCUCCCCCAAGCGAGCCAGCACGGGAAACCUCUUUGCAGACCUCGACUUGAACAUGCACAUUGUCAGCGACAAUGACCCAGCAUCACGAGCGCUUGUCGCCCAAAUGAGCCACUGCCCAGUUCGCGACGUCGUCGAAUGCUGCUGUGACGAGUUCUCGGCACUGCGCCGCGUAACAGGGUCAGUCACCCUCUCCCCGUCCACAACAACCCUCAACUUUGGAUCCAUCACCAGCGUUGAUGGCGAUGUACUCAGCGUCACCUCCCGCUCCAGCCCGGGCGCCCUUGCCACUGUCGACUGCGGGCAGCUGCAAAGGAUCGGGGGCAACUUCGACCCCAGCUACAACGUCCUCACAGCAAUCAACUUUCGCAACGUCACGCGGCUGGGCCGAUUCAGGGUCCUCAGCAACAAGCUCGCCACCCUGCACUUUGCCAAUAUUGAACGCGUUGAUGGCGGUCUCCACAUUGGCGCCAACCACCUCACCUCGCUCGACUUUGGGCAGCUCACACAGGUGAACGGCUACUUUGCCAUCACCUUCAACCCGCAGCUCACGACGCUGGACAUGGGCAACAUUCGCCGCACGCGCGGGAUGGAGCUCGGGUACAGCUUCAAGCAGAUCUUGUGGCGCAACAUGGAAAGGGUAGAUGGAGGCCUGUACUUUGGGGACGGAGACUUUGAGCAGCUCUCUUUCUCUAGUAUCACGCACGUGGGCGGUCCCAUUUACGUUCAGCGCAACUCCUUGACCACCAUCAACUUUGGCAGCUUACAGACCGUCACCGGCAGCAUCUACAUUUACAGCAACAACCUCCAGGCUGUGUCAUUUGGCAGCCUUGCAUCCGUUGGAGGCACGAUUGAUGUGCACGACAACCCGCCUCUCGCAUUCCUUGACUGCAAAGGGCUUGCCUCGUGCCUGAAAGCCAGCACCACCCUCACCAUGACCCAGCAAUGUCCUUUGCCUUGUGCUUAA